CGUAGCUAGAUAGCUAACCAGGCAAGGCAAAGACGCUCAUUUACAUGGGGCAUUAAUUCUCGGCACCGGUCGGAACCCUCACUUUCUCAGGCUCUGUCUUCAGCAAAACGGCCCGAAUCAUCGCUGAAAACCCCAUCCACACCUUGUCCCAUGCCUUCAGUUGGGCCUCGACGGCUUCAGUUGAUUCCAGACAUUGCAUCAGGUGAGAUUUUUGGCGUUGUCGCCCCUCAUUAUUUUCCGGAAUGAGUCGGGAUAUGUCCAAGUCUGACGCAGCACGCGGAACCGGGCAGCGUAACGUCGAGGUUUUAAUAUUCAAAAUGGGGGACCCGUCUGCCAACAAGCAGCAAGAAGAACAGCGAGCAGAAGCUCAGCAGAACACCAGCAUGAGUUCAGAAACCACUACAGAGGCUACCGGUGAAGCAGGCUCUGCUACAGCCGCUUCCACCACUGUCACCACGGCUUCUGCCGCUGCUGUCGUGGCGGCAGCAGCUGCCGCUGCCAAGACCCAGGCUGGAGCAGCGAUGGUCCAGCAGACGGUCACCCAGGUGCCCGUAGCGGCCACAUCUCUGUCCAUCCCCAUGCUGCAGGCCCAGCUGGCCAGCUCGGGGGCCCAGCAGAUCGCUCAGCAGAUCCAGGCCCAGGCGCAAGCCCAGCCGCAGUUCAUAGUCAAUGCUGCCCCCCAGAUGUUGUUACAGGGUUUGCCGCUGGCUCAGGCCGUUACGCAAAAGCAGCAGCCGCAGGUGUUUAGCCUGCAGGGGCUGCCCCUCAGCCAAGCUACUGCAGCAGCUGCCAUGGCAGCUGCAGCACAGAAGGUCCAGGCCCAGCCCAUCGCCGUCAGCAAUGCAAACCUCAUUCAGCAGGGCAACCUGUCACGGAUCCUUCAAGGCCAGCAGGCGCUGCAGACUCAGCUCACCUCUCAGCCCCAGAGCUCGGCCGCAGCCGUGGUGGCCGCUGCCGCUGCUUCUCAGAGCCAGGCCCAGACUACGGUGCAGGCCACCUCCCAGGCCGCAGCCGCUGCCACCACAGUCCCCGUCACGCUGGCCCAGGCGCUGUCUGCCCAGCAGCUGCAGCUGCUGCAGCAGCAAGCGGCGGCGGCCGGACCGGUCCAGUUGCCUUUCACAGACCUAACUAAGAUGUGGCAGCCGGGGAGCCAAAUGCCCACCCAGAUCCCGGGACAGGUUGGUGGACAGUUGCAACAGCAGCAGCAACAACAACAACAGCAACAGCAGCAGUUGCAGCAGCAACAGCAGCAACAGGCUAAGAUAAGCACCCAGAAUGUGGUACCGGGCACCUCGCUGCAGCAGAUCAGCACCACCGACCUGCAGCAGCUGCAGCAACUACAGCAGCAGAACCCCAUGCAGCAGUACGUGUUCCUCCAAACGGGCCAGCAGACCAACAUGCCGCAAUAUGUGCUUCUGCAACCCAAGAAGGUGGCGCCAAACGUGCAGCAGCAGAUUUUCCUCCAGCAGCAGGCCAACCAGCAGUCCGGCUUGUUGUCACAGCCGCAAACUAGCUUGCUGCCCCAGAUCCAGGGACAGCAGAACUUGAUACAGGGUCAGACCUUCAUCGGUGCCCAGGCAGUGCAGCAGCCAGCCGUUACCCUGGCCACCGUAUCAGCUACACAGUCCGGUGCUACGAUCGUGGCAACGGCGCCAGCCAUCACUGCCCAGCAGCAGCUGCAGAUUGUCCAGGCUCAGAAGACCUCAGCCAUUCAGCAAGCUGAGGAAUCCACAGACCUGGAGGAACUGGAGCAGUUUGCCCGGACCUUCAAGCAGAGACGGAUAAAACUUGGCUUUACACAGGGUGAUGUUGGACUGGCCAUGGGGAAGCUUUAUGGCAACGAUUUCAGUCAGACGACCAUAUCAAGAUUUGAGGCGUUGAACCUGAGCUUCAAGAACAUGUGUAAGUUGAAGCCGCUGCUGCAAAAGUGGCUGGACGACGCAGAUUCCACGAUCUCCAACCCAUCCCUGCUUGGUGGGGGCACAGGGAUGGACUCGCAGGACGCACUGGGCCGGCGUCGCAAGAAACGCACCAGCAUUGAGACCAACAUCCGGGUCUCGCUAGAGCGGGCGUUCAUCCACAACCCCAAGCCCACCUCAGAGGAGAUCAUGAUCCUGGCCGACACCCUGGGUAUGGAGAAGGAGGUGGUGCGGGUGUGGUUCUGUAACCGCCGACAGAAGGAGAAGCGCAUCAACCCGCCCACCGUCAACUUGGCCAAUCUGAGCUACAAUGGUGCCUCGCCGCUGGUCAGCCCCAGCGCGGCCACCAGCGCCGCCGCAACUGCCUCACAGCUCAACAGCAACCAUGGCACGGGCGGCCUGCCCAUCGGCUCACCCAUCACCACCACCAACGCUGCCCUGGUGACGGGGAUCAGCUCUGGAGGCGUCAACAUGAACGCGGCAGGCCUCAUUACCAGUGUGGCCCAGGCGGUGGCCAACAACAACAACGCGGCGCUGGGGAGCUUUAAGGGGGCGGCCAGCACCGUCACGGUCAACAGCCCACUGACCAAUGCCGUCAACUCGGUCUCCGUCCCGGCCACCUCGCUCGUGGCAAAGACCCUCCAGCUGUCCCAGGGUGGUGCUGCUGCUGCGCCCGUAUCGGUCGCGACCAACGGAGCGCAGCAGGUAAGUGCCCCAAUAAACACCACAGCCAACACCCUGCCCAUGGACGUUGUGACAAUGUCGGUGACCAGUCAUGACAACUCCUCCCCUGUCACUGUUCCUGUGGAGACGUCAGUGGUAGGAACCAAGUAGGGACCAACUACAUGUACCAAAGGAAAUUUCCAGGCAGAGGGGUUUUCCUUCCCAAGAGAUGUGAGUCGAGUGUCAAAGUGUGUCAUAAUUGUGAGAGUGAAACACAAGGUUAUCUCUUUUUAGUCCCAUACCAUUCUGUACAUCUGCUUUUUUAAAAUUAACCUUAAUAAUUGACAGGCCAAGCAAUGCUGAUGUUGGCCUGAUGUACUGUACAAAGUCUCCUAACAUUGAGCACGCACCUGAUCACCGUCAGGGAUUUCGUAGUUGGUGCUUGCAUCCCUGAGCAAGGCACUUGACUGUAAUUAUUCUGCACAAAGUGUCAAACUGAGUAAACGUGGACUCACACAGGAAAAGUACCGGUAGAUGGCGCAGUAAACAUUGAGAACAAGGUGAGGAGGUGGUGUGUGGGUCAUGGAGUACGCACCAUUGUUUUUCAGCAGAAUGGGUACAUACAUGUACCUGUACAUGUACCUGGAGCAUCUUUUUCAGAAGAAUGCAUCCCCUCCCCCCCGAGUGGGGACAGUGCUUUUGCUUCUGGAUCCACCAUGAGUCCGAAUUGUUUCAAGUCUUGGUUGGAAGAAAGUCUAAGGGCUGUACAGCUAUAUUACCAUCAGAAAGUGUGAAUUUGAUCCCAAGUGGAGUCCAGAGGGUCUUGGGCUAUGUGUGGUCCCAGGAGAGAACGUGAAAGCACCUUGGGUCCACUUUCUUAAGGCACCUAGUGGGCAUUAGUUUUUAGCGCCGUAUUUUUUAUUACUCAAUUUAUGAUUACAUAUAUGUAGUUCUGUUCUUUUAUUUUUAGUGUCAAUACGUGCAUCGGUUUUACUCCAUAUACACUUGCCUCUGAGCAAACUUUAACAGGCUUGAUUUUCAAAUUACAAGGCACUUCAACGGUGAAGCUUUCGUUUCAUGAUCAGAGAUGCUAGUCAGAAUCUCGCCCAGAGCCUGAGAAAGGGCAGGGAAGCUCAGAUUACCCUAUCUGUUUCAAUGAAGAAGCGUGAAAUUAGGGCUUUGGCCUGAAAACCGGCACUCCUGCAUGAACAGGGCAAGCAUGUGUGGCCCCACAAAUACAUUCUUACUUGUUGCAAAUGAGGCAAACGAGGUACAUCGUAGGCCUGCUGUUUUUCAGCUGAACGUGUACAAACGGCCGUAGGAUGCUCUUGUUGCAGGACUGCGCCAAAGUAUGAGGGCAAGAGACAACACGACAGGCUCUCCCCGUUAACAUUGUAACAGAUGCAAUAGGCCCAUGCCAGUAGUGUCUCUGUAAGAAAGCAGCUUGCUUCUGAACAAAACAACAGGAACUGUGAACCUCACCAGAACAAAUCUGAAGCUCCUGAAACUCGAGUCAGUGACUGGACUCAAGUCUGACUCGAGUCACAAUUUUAGGCGACUCGACUUGACUCAAGUCCCAGUGGGUAAAUGACUCGACUCGAGUCUCUGUGUCCAAGUUAAAAGCAAAAUUUUGGGGUUAAAAAAUAUUUGAUAUCAGACUCACGGCUCUGCUCUUAUAUCAAUUGUAUUUAUUGUAUUUUGUUCAAAAACUUUUGACUCGAACUGACUCGAGCUCGGUACUUGACCUGACUCGACUAUACAAAGUGACUCGACUCAACUUCCUGAUCUAAUGAUGCGACUCAAGUCACAAUAUUUAAUGACUUGUUACAACACUGGAGAGCGUUGAGUUGAUAAUUUGAUUGAAAGAGCCUGAAUCCGACUGAAGUUUGUUACAAAUUGCUGUGGGGCUUUUGGUUCACAAGAGAGAGGUAAUUUGAAACUUCUGUGUUUUUGUCUGAUCCGGAGGCCUCAUUGCAGAAAACAAUUUGUUUUUCAUAAUUGUAAUCACAAAGUGAACCAAAGUUUCCUUCUAAAAAGUCUGUUUUAUUAACGUCAUAAUAUACUGUGCAAAGUCUAACGUUAUUAUUGAAUUGUACAAAAAAUUGCAUUUGACGAAUUGCUAAAGCAAACGACACGGCAAUGCCAGUCAUAUGCAAAACAACAUUGUCAGACAUUUGUCAAACCGUGGCUUUGCGUUCAGCUUUAGGUUGGAGCUCUUCACAUUUUUAAAAAUUUGAGUUUCAGGUAGCCGGCGCUUAACUCUCGUUUUAGGGACCUCUUCUGCUGGAGGAAUAUCACAUUCUGUCAUGUGACACGAGGCCAAAUUUUUUAAUAUUCAAAUUUGGGUUUUAAUAUCACGUGGCUACAGAAUAGUUUGGACGGUUGGCAGGGCACAGCUUAGUGGUAAAAACAGCCAAGGUUUGAGAAAUGGUGUAUUUCAGCCUGGAACAGUUUAUGUGUACGUAGUAGUCUUGAUUCAAGGUGGGAAUGGAGUGUCCAUGUAGAAGGCAAACCUCAGGCACAGUCACUGAUGGCAAGAUCCAUCUCAGCUCUUGUUGGAGUGGACUGUUUAUUGUGUGUGGCUUAUGAGGAACAAAGCCUUGAUUCAAGACUAUAAAAGUACCAGUAGGAUUGAUUUCAUGUGUGUCCAGCUUUGCACGUGUGGAAUGAUUACUGACUGAUUUUGCUUGAUUCUAAGAAUUUCCAUGGACGCAAAUUUCAGGUGUUCAGGCAAAAUUGGUGAAAUAUUUUGGCUAGACCACGUUGCUUUGAGACAGAGUAUAAACACUGUGACAUCACAUGACUGUUCAGCCGGACACUUGCUUGGCUUUUUUUGUUUUGUUUUGUUAUUUAUGUACAUGAAUUGCCUGUCUUAUCAUCAGUGUAUAAAAUCUGUGCUAAGUUUGCUAAAAUUUCGCCUAGAAAAUUUGGCUUUAUGAGUCCCCAAAAUAAACCGAUUGCACCCGGAAAGUCACGUGACCUAUAGUGGGUAUGAAAGAUCAACGAACAUGGCGCCCUUCUAUAGCAAAGUGUGCCAUAGGUGCUGUGUACCAGAACUAAUGCCGAUGUUCAGUUUGGCACUCGGCCCAUCAGUAGUUUGAGUACUUUAACCAACCAUUGGCUUUAUUUCUGGUAUACGACACUCGUGAUGCACUUUGCUUUGGAGGACGCCAUGUUUGUUAAUGUUCGAUACCCACUAUAGGUCAGGUGACUUAGCGGGCACAAUCAGUUCUAUUGGCCAAUUGUCAUUGAGCCACUUGGUACAUUUCUGACCGGAUCUCUUAAAGUGAAUCUUGAUGCAUUUUUUCACUCAGUAAAUCAGUUUUAAGUUAACGUUAGGCUUAGCAGACUGAGCUGUGAUGUAUCACUCAAUUUGGCAUCCUGAUGUAAAUUGGACAUACAUGCACAGUAUGUGGGUGAAAAUCUCUCGGUUUCGUAGUGAUUUACAUUGUGCAGGGUUCUCAUACAGGCCUGUCAACUCAAAACGUGAAUCUAUCUGGUGACUUGCCACUAAUUUUUUUAAGUUGGGUGACGAAAUAUAGAUCUCUCUCACGGGACGCCAUCUUGGUACGAAAAUCACAGCUGUGCAUUCAACACCCACAGGUGUGUUUGCACAGUUCCUGCAAGUGUUCUACACACACCUGUGUGUUGACGAUGCGCGACACGAAAAUUUGAAGUUAAACAAUGCCGAUGCAUGUGGCAAUCUGUGGGGAAGUGAUGUCAUUUGAGAGAGUCGUAUACCGUCAAUCCAGAUAAUGAGAACACGGUGUAGUGCAACAUCCUGCUCGUUAAAGCAAAGAUAAUUCCUGGGCUCAAGCUUUUGUAGUCUUUAUUUUCAUUUUCAAGGAAAACAAGGUCACGUGUAAGUCCCAGGAAGGGAUGUGAAAAGUUCACAUAUUUAUCAGGUCAUUUUCACUGGGAAAUCAUUUCGCCCUUGUCAAUAUUUUAUUUUCCCUGUUCAGGGGUCCUCAUGUAUUUGGUCCCUGCAGGGAGCCAGUGACUAGCUAUGUACAUUGUGUGGCAUUAUGUCAGCCGCUAGAAAUCUUACUUCCGCCAAGGCGAAAUUCUCCCGUGCUUUGGUCAUUUCUCUCAACGAGUUCGAUGAUUGGUUAUUUUCCAUGGCCUCUGCUAAUUUUGGUAAGCAUUUUGAAGAUUGUUGUAUGAAGCCACUGUUCCCUGAGAGUCGCUCCAAGCAAGCCGGAACAUUCUGCUUUCUUCCAUUAAAGGCAGCCAUUGGAAAUGCCCAAUGAAACAUUCAUUGGAUUCAUUUUACAUCACAGCAAUGCACUCACUGCAAAUUAUGAUAGUUUGUACCCAGAAUAGUUUUUUUUUUUUAAUAAACUUCAGCUGUUGACCAAUUCAGUCAUUUUGUUGAAUUCCUUUUUUCCUAAUUACUGAUGUGUAUACUGUGGACUGGAUUGCUUGUUUGUUUAGUUUUGUUUGGAUAAAAUUUCUUGCACAAUGCCA